CAAACAACAACACCGAUGCCUGUGUCUGAAAAUGUAUUUUAAGUUCAGCAACAGUUAGCGUCAUUUUACCGCAGUCUGACGUUUCUGAUAGACCAACCAUCUGUGGAAUGAUUAUUAAGUGAACAACCUAGUUGAAAAUGAGCUGUUUCGGUGAUACAUCGAAGGAAUAUUUUUGCUGCAUUAAGCUGCUGGACGACACUGAACUGAAUCACGAUAUCCCGAAAAACAUCAAAGGACAAGUGUUACUAGAAAAGGUUUAUCAGCAUCUGAAUCUAAUUGAAACAGAUUAUUUUGGUUUACGUUAUCUAGAUGAAGCUAGUCAGACGCACUGGUUAGAUGGAACAAAAUCAGUUGCCAAACAGGUCAAAGGUCAGUUGUAUCAAUAUCAUAACAAUAAUGGCACCAUGAAAGAUGAGAAUUGUGUGUUGAUAAUGUGCAAUGGUAGAAUUAAUACAACUCUUGAAAAUUCAUUAUUUUUAUUAUGGCCUAGAAUCACUAAAGUGCACUUCAAACACACUCAGUUUAUCCUUAGAGUCAUAGGAAGGGAAAAUACAGAAAAUGAGUAUUAUUUUGAGUUAGCAAGUAAACUAGCUUGUAGACAUCUUUGGAGAUGCUGCGUAGAACAGCAUGCAUUCUUUCGUCUUCCACACAUCACUGGUCAAUCCGCAUUUAGUAGUUCAAAAUUUAGGCAUAGUGGUAGGACACAGAAAGAAGCCAUUGAAGCUUCAACUCAAGUGAAACGCUCCCCACCAAAGGUGUCAAGACUUCCUAGUAAGAGGUAUAUGAGGAGAGCUUCAGCCCAAAUGGACUCCUCAGGUCAACCAAUAUUAACACCAUGGGCCCCCUAUCAAGAUAAUCUAAUGGUGGAAAAUGGUGUUACAAAAUCAGUGGCCCCAGAACCAGUAAAAAGUGGUGCUAAAAUGACUCCUCAGAAAAAGAAGGAACAUAUUCCUGACUCAUCAACAUCACGAAGCACAAAAUCUGUGCCAUGGGAAGAAAGUAAACCAGCACAUUGUCGCAAAUGUCAUUCAGUAUCGGAUACUGAAUCAGACCACCAUGUGCGUAGAAGACGAAGAAGAUCAGGUUCACGUAGUGCAGCCAGUAGCGGUAGUGAUUCAGAUCAAAGUAGAAGUAGCCACAAAGGCAGAAGACGACGACGGAGACGUUCUGAAGACAGAAUGGUGGAAUCUGAGGACCAGUGGAGGCUAGUUCAAAGACGUCAGGAACAUUUAGAUGCUUUAAAUAAUCCACAACAUAGUGCAAUUAUUAAAGAUUUACGAAAUGGGUCAGUAAUGCAAUAUUUAUAGUCAUUUUAUGGUUUGUGGUAGGCCAACUUAUUAUGGCA